UGUAUUUGGUUUGCACUUAUGAGACGUAAACACAGACAUUGGAUUAUCACUGGAGCAACAUUGUCAUCAUCCACUGAUGCUAUUUUCUAGUAACAUUUGUUGUCAUACUGCAAAAUUUAUAAAGCUUUAAGAAUGUCUGCAGCCAUACCUAAGGAAGAAUCAAACUAUCUGAGGUUCUAUUAUCUGAUGAUGAAGGUAGCACCCAAGGCAGUUAGAAUUAAAUUUAACACAGAAUUUUCUCCUAUUCUAUUACACAAGACUUUAAACCAGAAAAAAGUUGAGCUUUGCAAUCUGAAGAGGGAUAGAGUUAUCAGUGCAGCCCAAUGGGAACGUUUAUUUCCAAGAACUGGUACAGCAUCAUCUGAGAACUUUGACUGCUCACUAAUGAUCUGUUUAUUAAGGAAUCUUGCUGAUAUACCUAUAGUAGAUAUACAUCCUGAUCCCAACAGUACAACAGAUGGAGCAAACCUAUCUAGAUUAAAGUAUUUCAGGAACCAGUUUGCACAUCCCACUGAUUGUACAAUGUCUGAUGAAAUCUUUGAAAUAAAGUGGAAAGAAAUAAGUGAGACGAUUGAGAGAAUAGGUGGAAACCAAUUUAAACAGACUUGUAAGGAAGCAAAGGUGACAAAGUUAGAUGAGAAUGACAAAGACUUUCUACUAGAAUUGAAAAACAGUAAAAGGAAAGAGCCAAUGUCAGAAGGACUUUGUAACAUUAACAAAGAAAUUAUAGAAGAGUGGAAGGCAGAAAAAGGCAAAGUUAUUGAAACAAAAGCAAUCAAAGAGUUAUCAAGAUUAGUUAAAGAAGAAAAAAUUGUAGCUGUAAUUGGACCUUCAGGUUGUGGUAAAUCCACAGCCAUCCACCAAAUUGCUUUAAAUCUUAAUGAGGCAGAUAAUUAUGCUAUAGUUCCUGUUGCUUUUGCUUCAGAGUUGGUUGAAUUGUAUGAUCCAAGUAUGAAACAGAUUUUUGUAUAUGAUGAUGUUUUUGGUAAGUUUUCAGUUGAUUUGCAGUUAGUAUCUGGUUGGACAACUCUAUCUAAGAAAAUAAGGAAGAUUUUAGCAAAGACCCAUGUCAAAGUUGUAAUGUCAUCAAGGUCACAAGUCUUUAAGCAAAGACAAGUUAGGAAUAUUAAGAUACUUCAAACCAAUGUUUGUGAUUUUACUUCAUCAGAAUAUGCUAUGACAAGUGAAGAAAGGAGGUCAAUAGCUGAUAUUUACCUGCCAAGUAAAGAAGUUGAGAAUUUGAAAUUAUUACCUGACUCUGACUGUUUCCAUUUUUUCCCCUUGCUGUGUCAACUGUAUUCAAGGAACCCUUCUGUUGAAAUACAACGAUUCUUUUCGAAUCCAGUUGAGGUUAUCAAAGAUGAUUUGUCAAUGAUAAUGGAAGCGAAUGACCAGACAACAUAUGGAACAUUAGCUUUGUUUGUUUUGUUCAAUAAUUGUAUAAGUGAUAAUAUGUUGAAUAGAAAUGGAAAGUUUAGACAUAUUUUGCAUGAAGUUUCACAACAAUGUAUUAUGCAGUCAAAUUUUUCAGAAAAAGUUGUUGAAUCUCAGUUAGAUAGUUUAAUCUCAUCAUAUGUGAAAAAGGUUGGUUGUCAAUAUAGCAUAAUUCAUGACAAAAUAUUUGAUAUUACUGUAUCAUUUUACGGUCAAAAUAUGUUUGAUGUUGUUCUCGAAUUAGCUCAUGCUGAGAUCAUUCGGGACAGGUUUUAUUUUGAAAUACUGGAAGAAAGUUUGAGUGAAUGUAUUAUCAAAGUACCAUCUCAUAAGGAAUCUGAUUACUUAAGUCGCUUAUGCAAAGACAUCAACAAUGGUGAUUCAAAAUAUGUUUUCUCAAAUAGACAAUUAGAAUUUAAAACCUUUAGAGAUAUUUUGAUAAUAUACCUGGAGAAAAAUAUAGACAUUUUAGAUGAAACUUUAAAGGAAUUAUCAGAAAGUUUUGAAUCACCUAUGUUAGAUGUAGCUGGUCAAGGCUAUUGUGAUCUAGCAAACAUGUUAAUAAGAAUGGGACUUAGUGUAAAUCCACGUGAUCAGGAAGGUAGAACACCAUUAUAUAGAGCAUCAGCAUCUGGUCAAGAAGAUAUGGUGAGCUUAUUGUUGAAAAACCAAGGUGAUUAUAAGUUAGCUAGACAUGAUUCCCUGAAUGAGGGAGAGUCACCAUUAUUUGUAGCAUCUAAAAAAGGUCACAAAAAUGUUGUUAACUUAUUUUUAGAUUAUGAAUGUGAUCCAAAUAUUUGUACUGAUAGUAACGAAUCUAGUAUUCAUAUAGCUGCACAAAAUGGGCAUCUAGACAUUGUGAAAGUUUUGUUGAAGAAGAAGGCAAAUCCUAAUUUGGAAGCUGUGCAUGGUGUGACGCCUCUCUAUAAAGCAGCAGAAGAGGGGCAUUUUGGUGUUGUAAAAUAUUUGUUAGAACACCGAGCUGAUCCAAACAAAAUUACUGCAGAUGUGGAAUCUCCACUUUUCAUUGCUGCUAAAAGGGGACAUUUUGAAAUUGUUCAGAUUUUGCUUGAAUAUGGAUCAAAUGAAACAACAAAUAGAUGUACUUUAGAUGGAAUGUCUCCUCUUUAUAUAGCUUCAAGGGAGGGUCACACAAAUAUUGUAAAACUUCUGUUAAAAAAGGGGGCAAACACAAAAAAAUCUAGUUGUACUAUUUUGUCACCGUUGCAUGCCGCAACAGACAUGAGGCAUAAUGAUAUAGUUAAAUUGUUACUUAAUCACAAGGCUGAUCCUUCUCAUUGUAAUCAGCAUGGGGUAUCUCCAAUGAUGGCUGCAUCUCAGAGGGGAUAUGAAGAGACUGCUGAAAUUUUGAGACAAACAUUGUAAAUUAAUAUUUUGGGAGUAAUAGAGUACUUAUAGAAUUUUUAUUGAUUAUCACAUUUGUAAAAAUCAAAUUUCUGUUGAUUAUCAAAUUUUAAUUGAGUAGUAUCCUGUUAGAGAUUAUAUUUAUAUUUUUUUGUUUUUAUUGUAAAGUA